UACUCCAUUGCAGUUGUGAGCUGCCCCACAUUUCCAUUCACUAAGCUCUCCACGCUCAGAGCAUCCUUCGAUCAAAUGCCGGAGCGGAGGAAGGAGCUAUCGCGCUAGGGUUUUAUCGGCCGGGGCGCCUGGUUCGAUCGCUUAGGCUCUACACCGCAGCACGCUCGAUUCCGAUUCCUGGUAAAUCGUCCCAGAGUAUGGCACAGUCUUGCUCGAAUUUGACGAUCGACGAGGAAAUAACACAGGAGCGGUAGGAGAUCCAUCUUGGGGCGGCGAUAAUUCGCACUAGCUCGUCCAGAUCGCGUUAAGCGCUGGUUCUUAGGAAGAUCGAUUCAGAUUCUUUGAUUUCCCUCUCCCUCCCUUUCUCUCUCCUUCUCUCUCGUUCUCUCUUGGGUUGAGUGAAGGAAAAAAAAAAUGGGAUGCGCUCUCUCGAAAACACAAGACGAGCACGCUACGCUGUCGACGACUCUCGGUGAAGUGUAUGUGUUCUUCCCGGGUCUCCGGUUGCCUCGAAAGGUGGAUUUCGGGAAUUCGCUUGUCAGGGAGCACUACUCCAGCGCUCUAAUUGGAAGACUGGCAGCUUUAAGAUCCAAAGUGGUGGCUGCUGCCGAGAACGCAUGCAAGAUCGCGAAAGCAAACAACAAAGCGUCAGAAACAAGUAGUAUUUAUGAGCUUCGGAGCGCUCUCGAGAAUUAUCUAUCUGCAUUACAAGGGAUGACCACGACAGAAGCUUUAGGAGAGGAAGGCAGCCUGAGCAAUUGUUUAGAGUUUUGCUGGAGCAACCAGGAAGACGAGAUCAAGGAGAGCGUCGUGCCUAGCGUGUACUAUGAGCUCCUUUCGGUGCUGCAUCUUCUCGCUAUGCUUUCGCUUUUAGAGGCCAAUCUCACGCUCACGCCUAAACCAAGCUCUGAAGACCAGCGACUUAGACCGAAUGAUGGAAGGAAGGCUGCAGUGGAGAUGCUCCUAGAAGCCGCCCGGAUUCUGGAUUACUGCAUUGAGCGCGUGUAUCCAAAUGUUCCUGAGGACUUGAAGACGAAAUUCCCGGCUGACGUACAAGAGGAGUUACUGAAAUCCUUGCAAUUGCAAGCAUUGGGACAAACUCUCGAGAUUCAACUGGGCCUGGCCAUUGACAAUCUAAAAGCAACAUUGGCAGUGAAGCGCAGAAUAGCAUGCGAGGCAGUAAAGUAUUGGCAAAUGGCCUUUGAGGGACUUCAACGAGUCCGCUUGCAGAACAACUGGGGAGAAAAGCAUGUAUUAUUUCUGAAAUGGAAACGUGCCUCGGCAAAGGCGGCAGCUUAUUAUUAUCAUGGCCUGGUUUUGGAGGAGGGGCCGGAUAAAAGCAAAGCAGCCGCUUCUUUGCAAGCCGCCGAAGCGUUCCUCGCUGAAAGCCGGACACUGUGCAGAGAUUUCAGUGCUGCGUCCCCGGUGACAAAGAAAUCUCCGGUAUGGGGUGCAAUGAAAAGCUUAUCGCAAAAAAUCCCGGACGCUGCAAGCCGGGCUGGGAUCACCACCACCAAAGGCGUGAGCCAGAAACACAGCUGCUACCAAACAGCAAGCUUCCGGAGCUCCCAGAUUUCUCCCUCUCUCUGCAGUGGGAUGUUUACGAGCUCCCAGCGAUUGACGCGAUAUGGUCGCAGGAGAGAAGCAUCGCUCCAAGGCCAAACUAGCGCGCGCGCGCUUGCUCUAUCCAUCAAACAGGCGAUCGAAGGAGAAGAAGAAAAAGUAAAAAGGACAGACGUGGACGAGGAGAUCGAGUAAGUGUACAUUAUUGUGAUUGACACGCGCAGUUUUGUGCUAGCGAAGAUUGGGAUUGGGAGGAGAAAAUGUGGGCGCCGGUGGUUGACACGGCGCUUUCACAGAGGAACACACACGCGCUCUCGCAUUCUCCAUGCAAAAGCGUUGUGUGGCGCGCGCGCGCGCGCGGGGAGUUUGCUGGAUUGAUAUGCACAAAAAGUGAGAUCUUCUCUCACACCUACUUUCGUCAACCUCCUCCGGCCUACUCCCAACUUUUGGAAAAAAUCAAUCUAUGCAUUCCACGGAAGAACCAUCGUCUUGAAAUUAUUUACGUGGAAACAUUCAA